GAUCCUGCUCCUGCAGCUCGCACUUCUAGAGAAGUAACUGCGGCUGUGUCCAGCACUGUGCCCGAUCCAGUGCCCUUACCACCCGAAGAGCCGGCUCCUGCCGUUGCCCAGUCCGCUGCCAACUUGCAGAAUCGCUUUGGAUUGUAAACAUUUCCUGGGUAGAAGGACCUGCAAUCAGAGUCCCCGAGAAUGGACUGUCAUCUGCGGGGCUGCUCCUGACCUGUCUGCAUGAUCACCUCACUGAGUGCUGGAUUACUGGGGGGCAGAUCUGCAAGCAAGCAACAAGUCAGAGUUGCGUGUACUCUGCCAAGACGAUAUCCUUUGGAAUGCGGUCUUGAUAUCAUCUUAAACAUGAAUGAAGAGGAAGCCCUCAAUCUUAUUAUGAAGGACCUGGCUGCUCUGGGGAGAUGUGGAGGAUUGCUAGAUAGUAAUCGCAUCAAAAAUAACAAGCAGCAGGAUGCCCGGAUCAAGUUCGAAUACAAUGGAGAGAAGAGGAUCAUUGAGUUCAGAAGACCUGUAAAACUGAAGGAUGUGCUGCAGAAAGUUACAGAUGUGUUUGGGCAAUCAUUGGACUUGCACUAUGCAAACAAUGAGCUCAUUAUACCACUGAAGUAUCAGGAUGACUUGGAUAAAGCUAUAGAACACAUGGACAUGAAUCCAUCUCACAAGAGCUUGAAGAUAUUGGCGAAAGCACCAUUCAAAAGCCUAUAUCUACAACCAGUUGGACCAAAGCAUCACCAUGACAUGAAGAUAUCAAGGUCUAUGGGAGACAUUCUGGGGUCUCUGUAUAAAGAUGCCGGAAAGACAAGGAAGUGUUCUACAGGGUCCUUACACACUGGACGCAGUUCUCCCCCUCCAGGAAGUGUCCCAGAUGAACAGCAGCAAAUUGCUCGCCAGAAAUCUAUAACGAGUAUCAACAGUGAAGGAGAAUUCAUACCUGAGGUUGUGGAUCCCUUCAUUAGCCCAACCGGCUCCCUGUCUAGUAGCUGCCAGUCACUAGAUCAGUCGUUGGACAGCCCAGUUUAUUCUACGCCGGGUCCAGGAAGAAAAGGUCAGCUCAAUGACAGCAUCAAUUGUUUAGAUUUUGAAAUUCCGCUAUAUGAGAGGUUUGGUAAAGGAGGAACUUUUCCUCGACAAUAUCAUUUUUCCCAGAGUCGGAAGGACUACAGUGAUGGUCGUCGAACAUUUCCUAGAAGUUAUGGUGCACCUGAAGAUCCAUUCCCGUUUGGAUCCAGCAGCAGGAAGAGAAGUAUGAAGGGAGACUGCCUCAUGCAGUUUGAUGACCAUAGGAAAACGAGGUGGACCAACUCAGAGCAAAACAUACCGUUCUUACAUUCCUCACAGACUGACCACUGCAACAUAUCCCCACAGGCCCCUGAGAAUUGGAGGCUGGGUAAGCUGCUGGGAAGGGGAGCAUUUGGAGAAGUCUAUCUUUGCUAUGAUGUGGACACUGGUAGAGAACUGGCUGUGAAACAGGUGCCGUUUGACCCAGACAGUCAAGAAACGAGCAAGGAGGUGAAUGCUCUAGAAUGUGAGAUCCAGCUGCUGAAGAUUCAUAGGCAUGAUAGAAUAGUUCAAUAUUAUGGUUGCUUGCGGGACCCUACUGAGAAGAAGCUCUCCAUAUUUGUGGAGUACAUGCCAGGGGGUUCUAUUAAGGAUCAACUAAAAGCAUAUGGUGCUCUAACAGAGAACGUUACCCGGCGAUAUACAAGACAGAUUCUUCAAGGAGUUUCAUACUUACAUAGCAAUAUGAUUGUACAUAGAGACAUUAAAGGUGCCAACAUUUUAAGAGACUCAGCUGGGAAUGUAAAACUUGGUGACUUUGGGGCCAGCAAACGCAUCCAAACCAUCUGUAUGUCUGGGACCGGAAUUAAAUCUGUGACGGGGACCCCAUACUGGAUGAGUCCAGAGGUGAUCAGUGGAGAAGGAUAUGGAAGGAAAGCGGAUGUGUGGAGUGUAGCCUGUACAGUUGUGGAAAUGCUCACAGAGAAACCUCCAUGGGCAGAGUAUGAAGCAAUGGCCGCCAUUUUCAAAAUUGCCACUCAACCAACAAAACCAAAGCUUCCGGACAGUGUUUCAGACUUUUGUAGGGACUUCAUGAAACAAAUAUUUGUGGAAGAAAAAAGGAGGCCCACAGCCGAGGAACUUUUAAGGCAUUCUUUUGUUAGUCAUAGUAUUUAAUUUUUUUCCUAUCACUGUAGAAAAUAUAAACCAAAUGAAGGAUUAUGAAAUGCACAGUGGAGCCCUCGAAGACGUCCAUGUCUCUACUGCUUGCAUUCUUCUGGAGGUCCAGCACAUCAGCUCUGGGAAUGUACAUUUCUAAGCUCAUCUGAGGCUUCUUAAACACUACUGGAGGAGAAUGUGUUGUAUCAUCAACAUACUGCAACAAUUAAGAAAGCAUCUAUUGAACAAUAUCCCGGAUUCAGCGGAAGGACGAGACUCGCCAGACCCAAUAACUUUUAAUUCUAGAUAAUUGUAUGUUUUCUAUUAAAUUGGUUCAUUGAUGCCCGUAAAGCAGUGAUGAGCAACAGCUGUGUCUAGAACAAUGUGUCAGUUUAUAGUCCGUUGCAUUGUAGUUUCUCAAGAUUCAUUUCCCCACUGUGCUCUGGUCUAUAAAGAAAACGUAGGGCCCGGCAGCAAUAUAUAUAGUGGCCCCUACACCAAAAUUAAUAUCUGUUAAUAUGGCUAAGUUGGACCUUGCCUUGUUUUCUAUCACUUUUCUAAAGCUUCCUUUAUACACAGUAUUUUUCAGUGGUAUUUUAGUUUUGUUUUUUUUAACUACGAAUUUCUCAUGUUUUUGUGGUGGCUUUUAUUUAUUUACCCAUUUUUUACAAUGCACCAAAAGUACAGAAUAACCGGAAUGUAUUUUAUAUUUCACUGUUGGUUGCAGGAGUUUUUGUAAACAAAUAAAAAAAAUGCUGGAAAAA